AUGGGACUCUUCAAAGGUUGCAAAUCACCUCGUAAAGUUGCCCAGCAAGUUCAUGCGGAUGGUCCCCAGGCUUCGUCGCCCGCUGCGUUCUCGAACACUGGUCAGACCCCUGGCGCGGAGACAUCGGCAACGAGGAAGCUCGUGGGCAAUGCGGCGUUCAAUGACAUGGAUCUAUUUGGCGAAGACAGCGACGCGAGCGACGAUGACGCAGCGAUCGAGAGAUACGAUCGCGAUGACGAGUCCGACGAUGAUGAAGUGCAUCAAUCGCGUAACGUGGAAGCUCUCUUGUCCAAGAUGACUCCAGAGGAAAUGUUCGUCAAAUUUGACGAAGAUCAUUCCGGAAUGAUUUCAACCGACGAGUUCAUCAAGAUGUUGCCGCAACUCGGCAUCAAGUUGAGUGAUGCAAAGGCCAUUCGUAUCUUCGACACAUGCGAUAAAGACGGUAGUGGGGAAAUCGACCUGGAAGAGUUCAAGAUGGCCAUGUUCACCGUGGACCCAACGACGGGUAACUCGCUGGGGUUCUCUCCGUCAUCGCUGCUGACUCCAAAAGACACGUUUCACUUGUUUGAUUCGAAUGGGUCGGGACAGCUCGACGAGCUCGAAUUUGCCGACGCCCUCGAGUACUUUGGAUUCCGCGUGACCGACGCCAAGCAAGAGCGCCUCUUCCAAAAGUAUGACACGGACAAGAGCGGGUUCAUUGAGUACUCGGAAUUCCGGGCGAUGUGGCUUGAAUGCGCCGACGUCAAGCACGAACUGGCAUCGCGGGGCGUCGAUGUCCCCAAGUACGCGACGCGCAAGACGCUGAUGCAAAUCCUCGCCAAGCAUCUCGACGACGAAGAGCGACGGGAAGAGGAAGCGAUGGCCGAGGCCAAAUGGUUCCACGAGUGGCAACUGGAGAAAAUUCGCCGCAAAAGCCUAGCGGACAAGGCUACACUGCGGGCACAGGACGAAUUGGCCGCGGCAUUGGAUGCCGCCGGGCAAGUUUAUGUCCUUGGUCCAGGACAGCAUGGACAAUUCAAUAGCGAGCCCGCGGCGCGUGAUGCGCUGCUCUAUGAUGGCUACACUCACGUGAGCGAAAUUUGGCAGGCGCGUGUUGUACCAACGUACGUUCCACCUGACUUGAAGCUGAAGCCACCGACGAUCCAUCAAGCGCCUGCUGCUACUCCAUCGAACUAUCCGCUGGUGAAAACACGUGCCUUGACGCCGGAUUACAUUCAGAGACGAAAGGAAAAGUUGGCCGAGGCAAAGGCAGCGGCGACGGCUGCCGCUGCUUCUGCCGUCGGUGAAAACAAACUCCCGUUUAUGCGGCGUCGAUCCGAAAACGUGACGUACGACAUCAACCACGUGAGUCCGCCCAAGUUGGCGAGGCAGGCGUGGCGCGCCAAACCAAAGGAACGAGCUUCGGUCAAGACGGAGGACGCAACUAGCCGAGAAACCAACGAAGACCUUUCCGAAGUGCUGAACCAAAAGUUCCUUGAAGAUCGAGCGUUUGUGCGCAGUUUGCGAUUCAAGGACGUUCACCCCAUGACCAACACGGGAUGGCUGUGGGGUCGCCAAGUUGUCCAAGCCGCUAUAUCAGACAACAUUGCGUACGCCGUGACGGCCCCUGGACAAAUUUACUGCUGGGGUGGUCAAAACAAGUGGUGGAAAGGGCUCGAACACGAUGAGGACGAGGACGUCGACGUUGCAGUGAAAUCCAUCGACAACGAGGCCGAGGCUACGCGGAAAGAAGUGGAGCGCAUGAGAAUGCUCACGAGUCGAUCCGAGUUGAUCAAGAUGGCCGCCCCAAGAUUUGCGGCGGAUGCCGUGGCACUUGAAGUCGAAGCGCAAAAGCGGAAACUCGAGGAAAAGCGCUUGCGCGACCUCCACGAAGACGAGCAAUAUGAAAAGCACAAGCGCGUGGUGCUGUACUACGACAAGUGGGACCCGCCGCCGAGUUUUUCAACUCGCAUUAUCUACAUGCAGCAAGUGUUGCUGCCCAAAGUCGACUACAACCGAGUACACAAGUCCAUCCUGGCCCGCGGUUUCCACCUGGACCGAGCAACAAAGCAAGACUUGAUUGAACUUCUCGGCGAUUGUUUGUUGAUUGAAUCCGAAAUGUGCACGGAGGAGGCACGAAGAGGCAUCAAGCAAAUGGACUUUUUCAUCCAAGACACGGAAGAGCUGCAUGCAAAGAAAACCAAAAAGGUUGAAGAGAUUCCAGAGAAGGCAAUUUUACUCGACUCGUACCAGCCGUUGAAACGUGAGCUCGAGCGGCGGGAAGCGGAAAAAGCGGCAACGGCAGCUCAAGCCAAGGAACACGAAGCAAAAUUGAAGGAGGAGACAUACGAUGCCUCCAUCGAACGGAAACGCGUCCAGCUAGAAGAUAUGUGUCCCGAGUACACUCCUCGAAGCACGUCCACCGUGAUGGAGUUGAAUGGCGUCACGGCGAGAGGGCCUCCGCUGCAUCCACCUCGAGGAUCGUCGGCGGUUUGGAAAAUUGCCGCCGGCGAGUCGUUUGCUUGCGCCGUGACACACAACGGGUCGUUGUACUCGUGGGGCGUCGGGAUCAGCGGUCGUUUGGGGCAUGGAAAGUCGUUGGAAGGCAUGAUGAAUGCCGAUUCGGACCACCCCAGUCGAGUCAUGGAGUUGAAGUCCGUGUUUGUGCAAGACGUCGCGUGCGCGUUCGACCACAGCGCGGCGUUGAGUGCCGACGGCCAAGUAUACACGUGGGGGUCUGCGUCCACAGGCAAGCUCGGCGUUGGUUUGCUGGACGACAAGUUUGAGCAGUUUGCAAUGCAUCCGAUGCGAGUCCGGUUCCCUGGUCGCAAGCGGCUUCGUCAAGUGUCGUGCGGACGGGCGCACACUGGGGCAGUGAGCACGGACGGGGAGCUCUUCGUGUGGGGCUGUGCCAAUGGUGGCAGGUUGGGACUUGGAGAACAAGUGCAGGACAUGGUCGCCGUGCCGACGUUCGUCGCGUCGUUAUCGCGGGUGUCGGUGGCCCAAGUUUCGUGUGGGAAUUCGCAUUCGGCGCUGUGUACUGAAAUACGAUCGGAUGUGGAUGGGAAUGUCGAGACACUCUCGGGAGGUGAUGUGUACGUGUGCGGUAGCUCGGGGCCUCUGUUGCAGCACACCCCCACGUGGUCCCUUGUUGCCAAGCUUCGGGGAACGCCCGUUCGCGAAGUGAGCUGUGGUUUCGGCCACACUGCAGCUGCGACUCUGGCGGGAGAAUUGUUCACGUGGGGGCAAAAUGUACAGGAAUGCACCGGCCAUGCCGCGGGCAGACGAGUGAUCGAUGAACCGGAGCUCGUGCGCGCAUUCCACGUCGCGCCGUACAAUUUGGCGAUUCGAAAGCGCGCGCGACAGAGUAGUGUGUACAACGAGCAGGACGCAGCAUUGGCCGUGGAUGGCAAUCGAAGUGGCCCGCUGCACACAUGCAUCCACACCCAGUACGAUGACCAUCCGUGGUGGGAGGUCGACCUGGGCCAACCUUCUGUACUGGAGCGAAUCAAGGUGUGGAAUCGGACCGACCAGCCUGUUGACACGUCCCGGCGGCGGGAUGAAUUCACACGUCGGUUGUUUCCAUUUUGGAUCAUGGUGAGCGAAGUCCCAUUCGACGACACGAUGGGUCGCGCCAGUCUCAAAGCAGGGCGCGAUCACAGCAACGCGAGCGCGCAAUUUACAGAAGAUCACCGCUUGACCGAGUGGGUGCUGCCGUCCACGGGGACUGUUGGCAGGUACAUUCGAAUCCAAGUCAAGGGCAAGCGGUACCUGCAUGUGGCUCAAGUCGAAGUGUUUGGAGUGUACAACGCGUUCAACUACGUGGGCCACGUGUCGUCGGUGCAGUGCGCCAAAAAUGUGACGUUGGUUGUGAUGCGCCCCCUCUCCAGCGCCACGUCGAUCCAUGACCACUACAUCAAAGCCAUCCAAGCCGACCCGGACAACGCGACAAUUCUGCGGCAGUACGAGGCAUAUGCAAAGUGCUUUCAAUUGUAUGGGAGGGGCGAAGGUCUCACGGUCGAGAAGUGUCGCCUCUGCCGAGCCACUCGGCGGUGCGAAGUGUGCGAGUUUUACACAAGCACCCCGUCGAAUAACUUGCCGUUGACGACCCUCGGGGAAAAGUUGGGCUUGGCGGAAGCUAUCGAUGUGAUUAUGCAUCGUGAGCUGCCCCGAGUGGCGUUUGAGAAGCAGGCAUUGACGCCGGCGACCAUUCAAGAAUCUAUUACGGACAAGUUUGCCAAGGUGCUGAGCUUGUCCCCCAAGAAACUCACGCUUCCGUUGUUUCGACUGUCUCCGUCAAAGAAGGACAGCCCAGUGCCGCCAUCGUAG